AUGAGUCUGAUGACGGGCAACCUAGAAAACUCUACAACUGUCACUGAAUUCCUCCUGCUGGGAUUUGGGAAUCUGGGUGACUUGGAUUUCCUUCUGUUUCUGCUCUUCCUACUGAUCUACAUUGUGACCAUGGUUGGGAACAUCCUCAUCGUUGCCCUGGUGGUGUCUGAUCACAGCCUUCACACCCCUAUGUAUUUCUUCCUGGGGAAUCUGUCCUGCUUGGAAAUCUGCUACAGUUCCAAUAUUGUACCAAAGAUGCUCACUGGCUUCCUCCACCAGGGCACCACCAUUACUGUUGCCGGCUGCAAGACGCAAUUUUAUUUUUUUAGUCUCCUGGCAGGUACGGAAUGCUAUCUACUGGCGGUGAUGUCUUAUGAUAGGUAUGUGGCAAUAUGCAAGCCGUUGCUGUAUGCAGCUCUUAUGGAUGUCAAAGUUUGCUUCCAGUUAGCAGCUGGGUCUUGGUUAAGCAGUUUGCUGAUCAUUAAUCUGACAAUGUAUUUAAUGCGGCAAUUAACCUUCUGUGGUCCCAACGCGAUUGACCAUUUCUUUUGUGACUAUAGCCCACUGUUAAAGCUAUCAUGCAGUGACACCCGUGUGAUAGAACUGAUAACUACACUUCUGGCAGCCUUAUGUUCACUUCCACCCUUCAUUCUAACUCUGGCAUCCUACAUUUGCAUCAUAUUAGCCAUUCUGAGAAUCUCAUCUACCACUGGGAGGCAAAAGGCUUUCUCGACCUGCUCUUCUCACCUCAUUGUUGUGUCAAUUUUCUAUGGCACAAUCAUGAUUGUCUAUCUGUUGCCAAGAACAGACACACUGCGGAGCUGGAACAAAAUCUUCUCUCUCUUCUACAUUGUUUUGACCCCGUUGUUUAAUCCACUGAUAUACAGUCUGAGAAACAAAGAAGUUAAGAAUGCUUUGAGGAAAGCCCUUCUUAAGUUCUGCAGUUACAGAAUUGUAGUGUAA